AUGCCUUCCGUCUCGGACGGCUUCCGACCGGCCAACGCGAGCGGGGGCGACCACGACCGGAACGACGCACUGUCGCGCCAUGCCUCGACGUCAAAAGCACCCGCAAACGACCUGCGCAGAACGGCGACGCGCAACAGCAUAGCGAAAGUGCGAGACUCCAUGGUCCAGGACGGGCGCCCACCUAACCCGCCGAGCCGAUUUUCCAGUGGCCAGCCACCGCUGGGCCACCGCGACUCGGUGAGCUCCACUGCUUCCUUUGCCACAACCACGAUGGGCGAGAAUCCCUUCGAGACGGGCCCAAGCCAUCCGUAUGGCAUGUAUCCGCAGCACACCAUGGCGCGACCCACCAGCGUAGCCACCACCUCGACGGACCCCCAGCCGCAUCGAUCCAUGUCUCUGCAACGACCCACGCAUCCCUACGCCAUGUAUUCGCAGAGCGGCCUGAGCGAAGAGUCUCCAGAAGAGCCAGAGCGGCCUGCAGUACCCCAGAUUCAGACUGCCAUCCCCAUGGGGUUCCCAGGCCUAAAUGCGGGAUAUCAGAGAGUGCUAGGACCCGACGGAGAAGAACAAGACAUCAUCGGGCCUGACGGACACACUGAACAGCUCCCACCCUACUCGAGAUAUCCAGACGAGGGACCGACCAAGGCUUGUCUGGCUGCGCAAGCAAGCGCGUCACGUGUCCUACCUGCACCUUCUCCAGUGGCGGACCCAGAUGAUCCUUUCUUGAAUCCGACAUCACCUCUGCUGACGCCCGUAUCUCCUGUAUCGUCUACGAGCUCUACAUCACCUUCAACACCCACAUUGGUUUCAGCGCCCUUGCUGCCCACCGUAACACCUGCUCGUCUUCCACCACGGAGGCCAGAAACUCAGACGGGAAACCUGGCACCCACAUUGCCAUUGCCAUUGUCAACCAGCACAAUCCCAGCCGAACCGUCCGACUCUGCUUCAGACUCGUUGCUUGCAAAAGACGACGAGUCCUAUACGGAAAAGUCGGAGCAAGUUCAGCAGAAAGCUGGCUGGCGCAAAAAGAGAUUGUUGGGGGGUAGGGUGUCUAUGGGUGUUGCUAUAUUGGUAGCGGUCCUGAUAUUAACUCUCGCUAUUGUCCUCGGAGUAUUGGUGGGUGUUCUGGUUGCGAAGAAGCACAGCAAAGACCAUAACAAAGACGUAACCGCCGAUAAACCUCAUGAGCCUCCACCAAUGCCACAAGUCACAGGUUCCGGUGGUGUACUCUUCGACGCAACUCUCAUUCCAACUCCUGCCAACUUCGCCACAUUGCCUACGGGCGCGUUCUCACUGCCCCUAGGACUGCCACAAGAGAACAAUCCUGGGUGUUUGACUCAAGCGAAUCAGUACUCAGCAUGGUCUUGCAAAAUGACGUUAGUACCACUCAUUAUUGUUAUCAACGACACUUCGCCUGGCUCUGAUGGAACUACGCAACAAGUAGCUUCCGUAAACGGAGGCCCAAUGGUACCUAAAGGAACUGUACAAUAUGGUCUUCAAACGCCCGAGCUGGUAUUGCAGCCAUUGCAGCUUGUGCUUGACCUGGACUACAAAGACUAUGGCCCAGCGUAUCAUUUCUCCGCUCGGUACGACAAGGUUGUCAUCCUAAGACCAGAAGAACUCAUCGCCAGCUCCUCGCUCAAGAGACGUGACGAGGACAUCCUUUUCAGCCAACCUUUCCAAGUGCAACGAGGCGACGAACCAUGGUACUGCUUCUGGAACUCCACUUACAUCGAAGGCUACAUCUAUGCAGAGGAUAACUCGACCGCUCCAGCCACGACAGGCUAUUCGAUUAGCAGUUCACCCACAGCCUCGUCAUCCCCAGACCUCAGGGCUGUUACAACCUCCACAGUCGCAACAACCGCAAGAUCACCCGACGUCAGAGCAACUUCCACAACUUCCACAACGCUCAACUCCCCCGCCCAGACAUUCGGGCCUGCGGUACGAAGAGAAGCCACAGCCUCAGACACAUCCUCCAAUUCUCGCAUGCCUGCGUAUUCGCGCAUCAUCAAGAUCGAAGAACGCCGUCUGCCUCGCUCGCCGCAACCGUACUGCCAGAAAAUGGUGCUGCUCGAUAGCGGGGCCAUCGUACCCGCUCCAAACGGCAACGCUGGCCCCGUCAGGAUCUGGCUCCAGGAGCAAGACCCGUCUUAUCAGGCGUAUUUUGCUUCGCAGGCGGCUACGACGACGACUAUACCGAACGCGAACAAGCGCGAGCUGUCGCCGCCGAUGCAGAAGCGCAGUGAUCCGAGCAAUGCCUGCCAUUGUCAAUGGAUGUUCAAGUGA